CGCACCUCGUACUACAUAGCACCCGCCCCUCAAAUCACUGUGACUCAGACCGCAGACCUCCGUAGCAUCACCAUGUCCCUCAACCCUACCUCCAGCCCACCGCGGACACCAUACACCCCACACACACCCCUCACGCCAUACACCCCAAACACCCCUGGGACGCCUUCACGCGCGGGCAGCCGCACACCCACACAAUCCGCCCGCCCGCCUCCCACAUCACCUCUCCGGCGGCCGACUUCCCCCUCAUCCCUCCGUGCCGCGCCCGGCGCUACACCCGCAUCCUCACAACCGCGGCGCGCGUCCGGCUCUCUGACCAGCGUGGGGUCUGUGGGGAUGGAGGCGAGAGCGGGGCCGGUGGGGGUGCAGAAGACGCGCGCGCGGGAGCUGCUGCGGAAGCACUAUGGCCUUGGAUUAGGGCCGCCGCCGCCGCUUGGGGGUGCGAAGAGUAAUCAGGACCCGAUGGACUUCGAUUCGCCUGCAUUCGAUGCAAGGGCGUACUAUGAGCAGCUGAUCACGACGUCGUCGUUACCGACCCUGCUGAAGACGGAGAAUGACUUGUUGACGGAAAUUCGGCAGUUAGACAGUGAACGCCAGAGUUUGGUAUAUAAUCACCACCACGAACUUAUCGCCGCGAGCGACACCAUUGCAGCGAUGAAGUCACGGGCAGAGAAUCUUGACACCGAUUUGGAUCUGCUCCGGGCAGCGUUCUCCGAGAUUUCAAGACUUUCCACUGACAUCUCAGUCGAGCAUCAUUCGACAACGGACGACUACCGGCAAGAUCGACCUCCCUCGUCGAUCCAAUAAAGUCGCGAUACUAUAUACCUAUACACCAUGAUAUCCCAGGACGCUACGCCCUAUAAACC